AUGGCUCCAGCAAGAAUCGUGGAAGACGUUCCAUGGACGUCCCCCGCGUACCAACCCGAGCCUUACGAUGGGCCCCCACGCAACGUCGCCUAUAUUGAUGCCAUAAAAUUCAAUGAGAGUGUGAACCCCCCCAAGUACGAGAUCCUGGGCACAGAUCCGGACUCCAAGAUCCUUUUCCUAGAUGUCAGCAUCUUGGAAUGCACGGGAAAGCCGCCUUACCGUGGCGAUGUCUUCAUCCAAGGGGAACGUUUGAAAGCAGUCGGCAAUGUCGCCAACAAGGAGCAGUUGCUGCAAGAUCCAGAUGUUCGAGUGUUUCAGGGCAAGGGAAGGACAUUGAUGCCAGGCCUGGGUGACUCGCACACCCACUUCUCCUGGAACGGUGGCGAUCUCGCUUCCUUGGGCGGCUUGAAUGUUGAGGAGCACACUCUCUUGACCGCCCGGAGUGCAAAAUGCUACCUGGAUUCCGGCUAUACCAUGUGCUAUGGUGCUGCAUCUGCCAAGGAGCGUCUCGACGUCGCGAUUCGGGAUGCUAUCUACGCAGGCGACAUUCCCGGACCACGGUCUCUCGCCAACGGAAAGGAAAUGGCCAAGCGUGACGGCGACCUGGAAGCGGCAAUCACUGCUUUUGCAGACACUCCUGAGGAGAUGAGGGAAGUGAUUAAACAUCACGUUGGCAUUGGGGUUGACAACAUCAAACUCGUAAUGUCCGGAGAAGAGAUCUGCGAAGUACGAUCAGCUCAAGACUGCUAUUUCACAGACGAAGAGACAGCUAUCUGCGUGGAAGAAGCACACAAAGCAGGUAAAUCCAUCUGUGCACACGCAAGAGCAAGAGACUCUUCGAGACAUAAGCUCACAGCACUGUUUCAGCAUGGGGUGGACGUCAUUUAUCAUGGAUCUUAUAUCGACGAGGAGGGCAUGGACAUGCUGGAGGAGGCACGGACCAAGCAUGUCGUGGCCCCAGCAAUUAAUUGGCUCGUUGCAACGUUGAAUGACGCCGCGGCAUUCGGUUAUUCCCAUGAGAAGGCCGAGCAAGAGCUUGAGAUCGCAUUGCGAGGACUUCGCGAGAUGCAUCGGAGAGGCAUCGUAGUCCUUCCUGGCGGUGACUAUGGAUUUGCAUGGACUCCUCACGGAACAUAUGCUCGCGACCUGGCCCAUUUCAAGAACUUGAUGGGGUUUACUGCUCACGAGUCCAUUAUCGCCGCGACCUACGGCGUGGCCAAGGUCAUGAUGCGAGCCGAUGAGAUGGGCCAGAUCAAGGAAGGCAAUUACGCGGACUGCAUCCUAGUUGACGGCAAUCCGAUUGACGACAUUGACAUCCUCCAGGAUCACAGCAAGUUGAAUGUCAUUAUGAUCAAUGGUCGUGUCCACAAGGCCGGGAGGAAGGAGUAUGUGCCGCCGCCCGUAGCGGGACUGGAUGAGAACAAGCAUCCCAUCGUGCCAGAUGUCGCAAUCCGGGAAGGAAGGCCAACGGUACAGAGUUAG